AUGGAGAAUGCGGUUCCUGAAUUCGCUCGUCGUUUGUACAAAGAGUGGCGUGAUUUUACAGCUGAACCAGUCGAAGGUAUCCGGUUGAUGCUCAAUGAGCAAGAUAUGACGGAAGUUCAAGUCGUACUUGACGGUCCUGUUGGUACCCCUUAUGAUGGUGGCAAAUUCCGUCUGAAGAUGUUGAUCCCUAUGCAGUAUCCGAUGGAACCGCCGAAGGCUUACUUUUGCACGAAGAUAUUCCACCCAAACAUAGCACCAAACACCGGAGAGGUUUGCGUAAACACACUGAAGAAGGAUUGGAAAUCCAAUUUAGGACUACGACAUAUACUUCUAACUAUAAGGUGUUUGUUGAUAGAACCCAAUCCAGAGUCAGCUCUUAAUGAGGAGGCUGGAAAAUUGCUAUUAGAAGAUUACAGUGAAUUUGUGGCAGAAGCUCGGCUCCUCACAGAAGUACAUGCUUACUGGCACGUUCGGGAACAAGCGAAAGUCAGUAGUCAGAAGUUGCAUCAAGACGACCAUGCAAGUGUCGAUAUGUCAGGCAAUUCGACUGAUGCGCGUACACAUUCUAAAGUGACACAACGCAACAACUCAUCAUUUCGUAAAGCGCUCAAACGGUUGUAG